CCCAAAAAAAGAGUUUAAACUUAAAACCAUUAGAAAGAUGUAUGCGGGGUCACUUGAGAAAGACAGAGACAAUAAAAUACUCUAUGAUUUGGAAGUUCGUGCGACGGAAGUCGCAUACCUGUUGUAUGUCCUUGCUUCGGUUACAUUUCCCGAUAGCAAAGGAAACAGAGUCAUCGUCCCCCUUCUUCAACUUUUGGAUCCCUUCGACGAGGUGAGUAGGUAUUCGUGGGGGACUGCCGUAGUAGCACAUUUGAACGCUCAGCUAGCAAAGGCAUCCCAGGAACGAACUUCUCAAAUGAACGGGAAUUUGGCUUUACUUCAGGUGUGGAUUUACGAGCAUUUCCCUUCAUUGAUCAAAAACGAUGAAGAUGUCUGAUUAGAGACAACAUGGAACA